CAUGCGCGCAAGGCCACUGUGCCGUUCGGCCGCGGAGUCGCGCUCGUCGCCUGUCGCGCAGGCGCAGCAGAGAGGAGGGGCCGAGGCGGGCUCCAUGUCGCGGCGGGCCCUGCGGAGGCUGCGGGGGGAGCAGCGGGGCCAGGAGCCCCUGGAGCCGGGGGGGCUGCGGCUGUGCCCCGAGGGGGCGGCGGAGGAGCCGGGCCGCGGCAGGAGGGGGCCGGAGCGGGGCGGGGUCAGCAACCUGUACGAGCUGAUAACCAAUGAAGAGUUGGAGGAUGAUGUAGGAUCCAAAGAGGAGAAAGCAGAGUCCAGACUGAAUGAGCAAGAUGGCACAGGGAACAGUGAAGAAGCUGAAACUGGCGAGCCAGAGAGUGAUGGGCAGAGAGUUGGAGAAGACACUCAACAACAGGACCAGACAGUGACCAAACUGCAGCCUGUAUCAACUAACAAGCCACGGAAGAAAAAAAAGAAACGGAAGAACAAGAGAACUGCAGCUGGCGAGACUCCGGAAGACGAUGACCUGGAAGACAUUGACAGCAUUCUGGAGAAAAUGGAGGAUUCCAGUGGGCUGUCGUAUGAAACCAAGAGUGGUGUAAUCGCAGACAGUCGGCCUCUGCUCUACGUAGAGCACAGAAACUUGAAUCCGGAGACUGAGCUGAAGAGGUACUUUGGGGCUCGGGCUGUUCUUGGCGAUCAGAGGCCACGGCAGAGGCAGCGUCCGUACGUUCGCAGCACAUGGCUGACUGCUCCCAAGAACACCUGGCCACGCUACAGCAAAACAGGCAUUGCCAUGAGGCUGCUGGAGACAAGAAGAGGAGUCCAGCACUUCACGUUUGAGCACCAUCGAGAGUACCAGCAAGUGCAGUUCAGGUUCCUGGAUGCAGUGGAGUCUCUGGACCCAAACAAUAUCGUGGUAUGUCAUAAAAUGGGGAUGCCCAGAGUGUAGCCACCAGGCCAGGUGCAGCCGGUGGAAUUCCAGUGCCACCUGCACCCUGUUACCGUAAUUGUGGAUGUAUGACGUGAUGACUACAGGUCCCAGCCUUCAUUUUAUUGAGCUAAGCAGCUUGGCACUGUAGGCUGGGACAUGUAGCCUCCUGUGUGCCAGCAGCUUGGCUCAAGAUCGGGGUGGGCAAACCUUCUGGCCUGAGGGCCACAUCUGGGUAUGGAAAUUGUAUGGCGGGCC